CACAAACAUCCUUCAGUGUCAAUGUUGGAGGACAAAGUAUUUGGAAAUGAGAAUGUUGUGAUAAAUGACAUAGAUCCAUCUGAAGUUGAGCUCACAAUGCCAUAUAUGACAGAUGUGCAGUACUCAAAGCCUAGACAACCAACUCGGAAUGUUAGGAUCUCUGAAAAUCAAUUGGGCACAAGUGAGGCAACUCCCCUGCUAUCGAAGGUAGACGUUGAAGAUUCAGAUUUUGUAGGCCCAUCACUAUAUAAACAAACGGGGGUUGCUGGCUCUAGCUCUCGCGAUCAGCAAAGUGCUGCCUCACAUCCAGAUUGCUCAUGUGUUGAGGUAAGUAAUAUCAUUGUCUUUUCACUUCAGAACACAUUUUAUAUACAAUUUCACUAACUACAAAAUUUAUCAGGAAUGUGGUCGACUGAAGCAGUUGAUUGAAAAGGAAGUAACCAAGCUCCAAGCGGAGAACAAGGGGUUGAAAGAGGAGCUUAUGUCGAUGAAGUCAGAACUCUCUAAGAUGAAUGUAAACAUGCGUCAAUCAAACAAUUCUUUGAAGCUCAAUGAGGUCAUUCAGAGUCACAAUGUGUUGAAAGAUAGCUUGAGUGACAUCAGGUUGUCUCUUAAAAAUUUUGUUGAAUCUGUUUCUGACAUUUUAUCUUCGGUGAUGGAUGAACUUCAUAAGAAGUUGAGUGGUAAAGAUGUUUUGACGGAACAAGUGCCAAAAGAUGAUGAUGAUGUUGACAAAAAGGGCAAGGGUCACAUGGAACCUGAGCCAAAAGGUGAUGAUAUUGUUGAAAAAAGUGACAAUGUUCACAUAGAACCCAAGCAAAAAGGUGAUGAUGUGGCUGAAAAAAUGGACAAGGGUCACAUGGCACCUAAGUUUUCACAUGUUCAUGAUGACUAUGUUCUUGAAUCUCCUUCAUUUGAUCUAGGAGUUUGCUCCUCACAGACACCUAAAAGCUCUGAUGAUACAUUUUUUGCCAGUAAAGAAGUGCAGGAUCAGGUUGAUGAGGCUAUUGCACGUGUGUUGGAGUCUACUGAACUUCAUUGUAAAGAUGAAAAAACACCUGCACCACCAUCAUCUGGACUACCUGUGAAGAGAGCACAAAAGCCAUCGAAAACUCUGCAGUCACCUUUUGUUAAGGUCGAUCCACGUCAUGCUGCUACUGGAUCAAAAUCUAUCACUGUAAACGUCGUGUUCCAAAAUUAUUCCAAAGGAGUUGAUAGCACAGAUCUGAGUUCAUUUAAGAAUUGGUUUGACAGAGGAUACAAGCCCAAGAACAAGGUAAAGUUUAAAGAUGCAGAUAACGUGAUAAGUCCUCAGUUUGUAUGUGGCACUGUCCCUGUUCAUUAUAAAACUUGGUGGCAUGCAUUGAUCGAUUCUAAUUCAUCAUUGAAUAGCACGAUACAAUUUUUUCACCAUUUUCCACAUAUGCAUAGUAGUUUUUACUUGGAUGCAUGCUUUCAUUACAUAAGACAACUUGCCAAGUUUGGUGAAGGUGUGAAGAUGAAAGCUACCACUACAGACUGCAUAUUUGAUAUGUCAAUCAAGUCGACAUACUCCAAGUUUAUUCAAGACCCAAGCAUUGUUGAGAAGAAGGAUGAGCUAAUCAAAACCAUCAAUGGUGAACGGUUAUCAUUUAAUACUGCUUGGAGAGAAGUUGAAUCUGUGUUGAUGCCCAUUAUGCCCACAAAUCAUGCUCAUUGGAUGUUAGGGCAGCUUGAUAUUACUAACCAUGUUCUUUACAUAUAUAAUUCAAGCAACAAAUCAAAUAAGGACAACAAGGUUCGCGAAGGGGUUUUAUCGCUUGUGAAGACUCUUACACACCUUUUAAAAUUUGUCGGGCUAUGGAAGGAAACUAGUGAUAGUAUUGGUGACAAAUCUGGGGAACUGCAUGUUAAUAUUGUCCGUGGUUUACCCCAACAACAAAAUGGGCAUGAUUGUGGGGUUUUUGUGAUAAAGUAUGCACAGUAUUUGUUGCACAAUGAUCUUGGCAAUAUGCCGAUGUCAUUUGAUGCUGGGAAUGCCAGACUUGAAAUUGCAGCAUUGCUGUUCAAAAAUAAGCAACUGAAGCAGAUUGGAAAGGGAAGUUCAAAGUCAGAUGAAUGA